AAGAGUUUAUUUAGUAUACACACACAACCGGAAGUUACACUGUGGGAUUGUCGACCAAGAUUUGGUAAAGUUUCUAUUAUUCCAGGCGCUGCUGUCACGAAUAACCGCGUUACCGUUUCAAAAAAAAGGUGCAAUGGAGGAGUGAUGUCUCAGACAGCGAAGGGAUAAAGACAGAGAAGACAUGACUGAGUGCUUCCUGCCCCCCAGCAGCAGCCCUGCAGAGCAGCGCAGGGCCGAUCACCCUGGAGGGGUGGCCCGUACCCCUAGCUCCGAGGAGAUCAGCCCCACCAAGUUCCCCGGGCUGUACCGCACCGGCGAACCAUCGCCGCCUCAUGAUGGACACCACCAUGAGCCGCCUGACCCCUACGUCUCAGAUGAUGAUAAGGAGCACGGAAAGAAGAAGAAUAAGUUCAAGAAGAAGGAGAAGAGGACUGAGGGAUACGCCGCCUUCCAGGAGGACAGCUCAGCUGAUGAAGCUGAGAGCCCGUCCAAGAUGAAGCGCUCGAAGGGAAUCCACGUGUUUAAGAAGCCUAGCUUCUCCAAGAAGAAGGAAAAGGACUUUAAGGUGAAAGAGAAGGGCCCCAAAGAGGAGAAGGCCAAGGAUAAAAAGUCCAAGGACCUGACUGCAGCUGAUGUAGUCAAACAGUGGAAGGAGAAGAAGAAGAAGAAGAAGCCUGCCUCAGAUGCAGAGCAGGUCCCAGUGGAGGUUCCCACUAUAAGGCCCAUCUUUGGAGCUCCGCUGGCUGAAGCUGUGAAGAGGACCUCACUGUAUGACGGCAUCCAGCUUCCCGCCAUCUUCCGGGAAUGUGUGGACUACAUUGAGAAUUAUGGGAUGAAGUGUGAGGGCAUCUACAGGGUCUCAGGUAUGAAGUCCAAGGUGGAUGAGCUGAAAGCCUCUUACGAUAGGGAGGAAUGUCCCUGUCUGGAGGAGUACGACCCCCACACCGUUGCCAGCCUGCUGAAGCAGUACCUCCGCGAGCUGCCGGAGAACCUCCUUGGUCGAGACCUGGCACAGCGCUUUGAGGACGCCUGCGGUCGGCCGGCAGAGGCAGAGAAGGUCUCAGAGUUUCACAAGCUGCUGGCCGAGGUGCCACCACAGAGCCGGCUGCUCCUCUCCUGGCUCGUCACGCACAUGGACCACGUCAUCACCAGGGAGGCAGACACCAAAAUGAACAUCCAGAAUAUUUCCAUCGUCCUCAACCCGACCAUACAGAUUGGAAACCGCGUCCUCUACAUCUUCUUUACCCACGUGAAAGAGCUGUUUGGUGACGUCGUCCUGAAGCCGGUGGUGCGACCUCUCCGCUGGUCCAACAUGGCAACAAUGCCAGCUCUGCCCGAGACCCAGGAGAACAUCAAGGAGGAAAUUCGGCGGCAGGAGUUCCUGUUGAACUGCCUGCACAGAGACCUGCAGGCAGGUGUGAAGGACCUGUCCAAGGAGGAGCGACUCUGGGAGGUUCAGAGAAUCCUGACUGCUCUCAAACGAAAGCUGAGGGAGGCCAAACGGCAGGAGUGUGAGACUAAGAUAGCACAAGAAAUAGCCAGUCUCUCCAAGGAAGAUGUGUCCAAAGAGGAAAUGACUGAGAAUGAGGAGGAAGUCAUCAACCUGCUCUUAGCACAGGAGAAUGAGAUUCUGACAGAGCAGGAGGAGCUGAUCGCUCUUGAACAGGUAUUACGGAGACAGAUCGCCACUGAAAAGGAAGAAAUUGAGAGGCUGCGGGCAGAAAUCGCCGACAUCCAGAGUCGGCAGCAGGGUCGCAGUGAGACUGAGGAGUAUUCCUCUGACAGUGAAAGUGAGAGCGAGGAUGAGGAAGAGCUGCAGAUGAUACUGGAAGACCUACAGAAACAAAAUGAGGAACUAGAGAACAAAAACACUCAUCUGAACCAGGCUAUCCAUGAGGAGCAGGAAGCCAUCCUGGAGCUCAGAGUCCAGCUCCGCCUGCUGCAGAGCCACAAGCAGCAGCAGCAGGAACUAACCGUCCCUCCGUCAGCCGAGCAGGUUCCUGCCAGCCAGCCCAGCCCGGAGGCCCGCAGCGAGGAACAGACGAAACGUUCAGCCUCCACUGCGGCUGCCGCUGCAGACGCUCCCGCUCCAACCAACGGGAAGGCUCCCAAAGAUCCUUCCAAACCUUCUCCAAACAAAGACAGGAGAGACACCAACAUGUGAGAUGGCUGCUAUACUUGGCGUAGAUGGUUACUUCACUUGUCAUGAACAUCUUCUGUAUACUCUGUGGCAUCCUGACUUUGUUUUCCAUUCCCCAGAGAACCUAGAAACAGAAUGACAGCUGUAGCAGACGACUAGCUACCUCUGAGGGGACUCCCAGGGACCAUAUUAUUCAAAUCUGCUGUGCCAAGCCUAUUUAAAGGAGGUGGAGAGGGUGACAAUGAAGGGAUUCAUGAAGGGAGGGGGUUAGAGUUUAUUUUUCACCGACGGUUCAACCAAUAAAUUAUAACCAAACAUAACUUUGCUGUAGAUCAGUCAGUUCAUCCCUCUUCUCUGACAUCACCGACCACUGUGCCAUAACUCAAAACGACAAAGAGAUGCGAUUGCAGAAGAAAGCUCUUGGAGCUCCGAGAGGAUUUUUGAUUGGUCUAUAUGUAUAUUUUAAAUGAUCAUUCUAUCUAUAAUAUAUAUAAACUGCUUAAGAUGUGCCCUGAUUUAAUUUAUAGCUUUUUAGUGACACAUAUGUGAUGAAUGAAAAGUUGAGGAAAAAAAUAAAAUCCCAUCACAGCAAAAUGUAGACGAGUGCACUCACCUGUUCCCUCGUUUUCACACAAGGAAAACGUGGAGGUUUAAUAUUGAUGUAACACACUGUGGAAAUGUUAUAUGAGGAAUGUGAGAGAAAACUGCCCAAGGCUUUUCUAAGUUAUUUGAUUGCAGUUUGUUUUAUUCAUUAUACUAUAAAUGUGUGAAAUUGUUCCAUCAUUUCAUGAACGAUCCUCCAAGCUGUCAUUGUUUAAAAGCAAUUUCAAAGAUCUUUAUUGCAUAUUAUAACAACUUUGCAAAAAACAUAUAUUUUGCGGUUGUAUUUUUUUAUGUGUUGAUUUUUGUAUAUCGUUGCUGAUAAUUUUAGCGUGGCUUUUAACUUUAUUAAUCGUGUGACUGAAACCGGCACCGAAGCUUUUCCUUAGGUUACUUUUACAUGUUUGGAGCUUUUGUAGCAGGCUGUUGCAGUCAGACUAAUGCUGUGAAGAAUAAAGUGUUGAUCUGAAUCUCUGUGUUGCUCACGGCCUGAAAGUUUAGUUCUAAAGUCGUCCGCACUUUGCACUCUUCAAGGCACAUUAUUUAAAUGCUUUGUCCCAUAUUGAUUUAAGGGUGUCGACUGACUUUUAAGAUAUUGGUUAAGUUUGCCAAAAUUCAGCCAGAAAAGCAAAGUAUGAAAGCUAUUUUUUGUUAAGGCAUCAUGUGGUGUAAAAUAAGUUAGUAUCAUGCUUUCACAUAAAUCACCAAAGAAUCCUAAUAUUAGACAAAGAUGAUCGGAUUAUUUCAUUUUGUGAGGCACAGGAAAGGAACAAAAUCCAGAGCUCUGUGUGACAUUCUUUCUUAAGCUAGUCGGAGUUACUGAUUCAACAGUGACUUGUUAAUAAUCUCAUUACUCUAAGACUAAAACAACUCAAAAAACAGCCUCAAAUGCUAAAAAUAUUCUGAGUAUUACUGAUUCAUUUUCUGCAGCAUUUGAUAAUGAAACAAACAAUAUCUAUAGACUUACUUCCAACUUCGAUUAUUAAAAAGACGCUUCAGCAAACUUAUAACUUGUUUAUCAAGUUGUCACACUUAUGCUAAGGGUGACUCAGCUUUAAAGGUACAGUGGAAGAUGUUUUUUUUUCUGGGUAGAUCAUCCAAAUAAGUGGUGCUCCUAUUUGUCAAUCAUUCUGGUGAUAUGUUUACGUAAGUCCGUCGUACGUGCUCAUCCCCAUUUUCACUUACCGGCGGUGAGUCUGACAGUGAAAAAAUUACAAAUCUUUUGGAAAAUAAGCUUGUAUGAGCGAUGCAAACAGCAACUUUUAAACAGAGCGUGCAUGAGGAGAAGAGGGUUCUUGCACACGUUUUAUAGGCGUUCCCAUCUGGGAGCAGGUGCAGGGUUGUGCAUGUACUAUUUUCUUUGCUUUUUAAGUGGAGAGGGCGGGUCUCUUCAAAAAUUCAUGAAAAUCCUCCACUGUACCUUUAAGUUAACUACACUUUUACCGAAAGUAAGUUUAAUCCUGUAUAAAUAUCAAUGCAGAUGGAAUCAUUGUAAUAUUUGAGUAGAAUUCAUCUACUAUUUCCAUCUCUUUGUA